AUGCCUUUCCGAAACCUGAAAUUGUUAAUAAUAUUCAACAAAGCAUUGGGUAUACUUUCGUGCAAAUUGGUGAACAGCCGACUGAAAUCAAGCAGCACCUGGAACCGUUAUUUCUGUAUGGCGUGGUUCUUGUUUCAUUGUUUAAACGCGAGUAUUUAUUAUUACAAUAUAAACGUCGCAACACCUAAAACAGAUAAAAAGGGCCUUGCUCUUGCCAACCUACGAUUUGGUGCGUAUACUGCCUCCUUACUCCCUUACCCCUUUGUGGCAGCCUUUUGGAGCGAGCAUUUCGUUAAGUUAUCCGAAAAACUCGAGAUGUAUGAUGAACAGGCGAUAACAUUAGGUCAUCCAAGGAAGGACAAACACGUAUUCGUUUAUCUGUUCUUCAUAUACACGUUUGUCGCAUCAGGUUGUACGGCUUAUUACGAUAUGAGGGAAGGUAUAGCGAAAGGAUUCAUGGGGAUAUUAAAGGUGAUGCAUGAUACAGUUCCUGUUAUAAGUGGAACUUAUUGCGUCUUUAUCACGUGCAUAUUUCUGGAUCUGAUACGCCAACGUUUUCGUCACCUGAACGAGACGAUAAUUCCUCGCGUUUCGAAGUUACCGGUAACCGGGUCGCAGGGCGAGAUCACGGUGUACACCGUACGCCAAUUGCACGGUGUGCUUCUCGACGGUGCCAAACUGAUAGAUGCGUUAUACGGAAUAGGCGGUUUGUUCACCUGCUUGUCUUUAUUGCUGGAAUAUCUUAUGGUUAUAUACAUAUUCGUAAUAGAUUUAAAGGAAAACUUGGAUAUGGAAGAUAACGUCGUAGACACAUUAAACUUAUUGUUUCAAACGAUUUACUUUGGCGCAAUGUAUCACUUUACGACCUACGAGGUGAAUCGCGUUGAAGAUCGCGUGAUAAAAUACGGUUUACCUUUUUCGAGUAAAAAAUGCCGCAUGGUAAGUUUUUCCUUUUCUAGCCGAAAUGUGAGUAAUAAUUUAAUAAACGCGACUGGUUUCAGGACAAAAUUGAAAUGA